AUGUGUUUUUACAACCAGAAGAGAUAUGCGUGUGGAGAUUGGAGUUGGACCAAUUUUGCUCACCGCUGCAAUUACGAGUACCGUACUGGCGAGACGUGCGGUAUGAGACUUGUCAACAUGACCGAGUUUGAGACGACGCAAUGCCGUCUUUGUGAGAAGAUCGAGACCAAGUACCGGCGGCGAAGCGCCGAGAUGGAACGGUUGAACCGGUGGAAACGGGAGGGAAGCACUCUUGUGGCCUCCAUGGAUCGAUCACAGAAGCUCAUAACGGAGCUUGAGAAGGAGAUCCGCCAGCUUCAGAGGGAACGUGAUGACCGACGAAAAGCAUUGUCUUGA